AUAAGUAGGAGUAACUAAGAUAGAUGACUAGUAAAUCAGCAGAAGACAUACACACUGCUAGAGUGUUCAUGAUUUGACUCCCUUUCAUAUUUGUGCUAAUGUUUUAUCCCCUCGUCUAUACAUUCUUGAUCAGAAGGUAUUCACCAAGCACACUGGCCAUGGUUAAAAAGUUCCAGGUCGGAAACAAAAUAAUAGCAAUAUUAAUAGUCUUGCUUUUGAUCGCUCCAUGCAUCUAUGGGUCAUUUGAGCAGACAUAUCUUAGAACAGCGAUUACACUUGUAGCAAUUGUGCUAACCUUCUUCUCAGAAGAACAUUUCAUGAUCAGAUUAGUUGGAGCAUUCAUGCAUAUGAUCGUCGUGAUCCUGCUAGAGUAUUUUUAUUGGAAAGAGCUUACAAUGCAAGUAGGAUGUUGGGGCCAAGGCUCUUGUUCAGGUAAAACAGACUUCGAAAACUUAUCUUUCCUCGGAACACUUGGAAUCAAUAAUGGCCUCUUGUUAUAUGAUACCUAUAUGUCAUUUGAUUGGGCUGCAGGACUCUAUGCUAGAUCUAUCAUCGCCAUUGCAAUGCAUUAUUUUGCCAUUCUCAACCUCAUGGUUCAAUGCGUCUGGAUUGGCUUCUUCACUAACAUCAAAAUUGAACGCAAGCUUGAGAUUAUCAAGAGCAGACCUGAUGAAGAUGUCGUCUCUGUGUUCACUACUUUCAAGCAAAGCAGCUUCUUCAAAAUUUACAUGGAUAUGAAGAGAGGAGGAACCCACAAGGGUACAAAGACUUGCUGCUAA